AUGCCCCCACCCCCACCACGUGUUUCAUCCAACCCCACCCUGCUUCUCACAACAACAACCACCGUUUCACUCACCACUAUUGCAACCAUGAAUGUUCAAGAAGAUGCAGCAAAGCAUAUAAAAGGAAGAGAUGCAAGAGAGCAUGCAAGUCAUGUUGCAACAGAUGCCACUGUGUGCCCCCUGGAACCUACGGCCAUAAGGAGGUUUGUCCUUGUUAUGCACGCCUCAAGACUCAUGGGAAUAAGCCUAAGUGCCCUUGAAAUUAUUCAAUACCCACAUUCAAAUCUAUAUAUCAUUUCAAUGUAUGAGGAAUAA